UUUUAGAUCAGAAAGGCGUCAGAAAUAGCAGCCAUUUUUUUUAACUGUUAGUGUCCUGUUUAUCACGGCAUCAGGCAGUUGUGAGUUCGUUGGGUUAACGUAUAUUGAAGAGGAUCCCCAGUAGAAUGGCUGACAACGACGAUCUUUUGGAUUACGAGGAUGAGGAGCAGACUGAGGCAGUUGUUGAUGGAAGUGGUGACGUCCCGGCAAAGAAGGAAGUUAAGGGAACAUAUGUGUCUAUUCACAGCAGUGGAUUCAGAGAUUUUCUGCUGAAGCCAGAGAUAUUGAGGGCCAUUGUCGAUUGUGGUUUCGAGCAUCCCUCCGAAGUACAACACGAAUGCAUUCCACAAGCUGUUCUUGGCAUGGAUAUUCUGUGCCAGGCGAAGUCUGGUAUGGGGAAAACAGCAGUUUUCGUAUUGGCGACGUUGCAACAGCUUGAACUCACUGAGAAUCAAGUCUAUGUUCUCGUCAUGUGCCAUACACGUGAGCUUGCCUUCCAAAUCAGCAAAGAAUAUGAGAGAUUCUCGAAAUACAUGCCGGCAGUCAAGGUGGGAGUGUUCUUUGGUGGUCUUCCCAUCCAGAAAGACGAAGAGGUCUUGAAAAACACAUGUCCCCACAUCGUGGUGGGUACCCCAGGUCGAAUUCUCGCCCUGGUGAGAACUAAGAAGCUCAACCUCAAACACCUCAAGCAUUUCAUCCUCGAUGAGUGCGACAAAAUGCUGGAAUUACUGGAUAUGCGAAGGGACGUACAAGAAAUAUUCCGUUCCACUCCCCACGGCAAACAAGUAAUGAUGUUCAGCGCUACCUUGUCCAAGGAUAUUCGUCCAGUGUGCAAGAAAUUCAUGCAAGAUCCUAUGGAAGUCUACGUCGAUGAUGAAGCCAAACUCACACUUCAUGGACUCCAGCAGCAUUACGUGAAGUUGAAGGAGAAUGAGAAAAAUAAAAAGUUGUUUGAGCUGCUGGAUGUUUUGGAGUUCAAUCAGGUCGUCAUCUUUGUGAAAUCAGUUCAGCGUUGCAUGGCCCUGGCGCAACUUCUGACAGAGCAAAAUUUUCCAGCCAUUGGAAUCCACAGAGGAAUGACCCAGGAGGAGCGUCUCUCCAGAUAUCAGCAAUUCAAAGAUUUCCAGAAGAGAAUUUUGGUAGCAACAAAUCUCUUUGGUCGUGGCAUGGACAUCGAGAGAGUCAACAUCGUCUUCAAUUAUGACAUGCCCGAGGAUUCUGACACAUAUCUCCACAGAGUCGCUCGUGCUGGACGUUUUGGAACCAAAGGACUCGCAAUUACCCUCGUCAGUGAUGAGAGUGACGCAAAAAUCCUGAAUGACGUUCAGGAGAGAUUCGACGUUAAUAUCACAGAAUUACCCGACGAGAUCGACUUGGCCUCGUACAUUGAAGGCCGAUAAAAUUAUUGACGAUACCGAAUGGAAUCAGCAUUUGUAUGCCACGCUGGCAUUAAUAAAUCCAUUAUUAUUAAUGGAAGGCGCAAUAAAUGAGUUCAUAGAGAUGACAGAACACGUUAACGAGUCUAUGAACAUUUUUUGGUUUUACAAUCGUAUGAAUCAAGUCUCUUCACCGUAAUUACAAGGCGAUGACAAAACCAAUCGUGAAGGAAAACGCAACGCCCGAAUAUUAAAACAAUCAAGACAAUAUCAUCGACGGAUUCAAUUGAUUAUUAUGUCCACAGUGGGUCAUCGUCUCUGUAUAUUCUUAUUUAUAAUAUUGCUUGAUUUAUCAAAUUAUCUUCUAUCGAAGUAUUGCUACGGUUGAUUGAUAAUUAUCACCUGAGUGAAGUGUCUAGACUUAAUAAAUUUUUUUAAGUAAUUGUGAUUUGAUUUUUUGAAUAAAAAUCGUAAUUGAGGAAUGAAA